CAGAUAUGGAGCUCACCAUGGAGAACCUCCACAGCCUCUCAUCGCACUCCCAGGCGGGAGACCUCAUGAGCUCACCGCACGCUCGGCCGUCGCCGUCCCCGAGCUCCAAUCCCCGGAACCUGGUCGCCCACGGUCCCGGCUCGCGGUCAGCCAUGGUGUCCGGCAUGGCCUCGCUCCUGGAGGGCUCCGGCGGGGACUACCGGACAGACCCAUCAUCGCUGUCCGGACACCUGCACCCGUCCAUCAGCAUGUGCGAGACCGGGAUGAGCUUCAGUAACACGUACACCACCCUCACCCCCCUGCAGCAUCUACCUUCCAUAUCCACCGUCUCGGAUAAAUUUCACCCCACGCACUCACACCACCACGCUGCCGCCCAUCAGCGACUCUCUGCCGGGAACGUAAGCGGAAGUUUCACGCUGAUGCGGGACGACCACCGGGGGCUCGCCUCCAUGGGAAAUAUUUACAGCCACUACCCCAAAGAGAUGUCCGUGCCCGGCAUGGGUCACGGCUCGCUCUCCCCUCUGUCCAGCGGGCUGGGCUCUUUGCACAACUCCCAGCAGCCUCUGUCAGCCUACGGGCCGAGCGCGCACCUCUCCAAUGAAACAAAGAUGCUCUCUCCGGUGUCCGGGUUUGAGUCCCACGCGUCCAUGCUGUCCCGGAGUGACCAGGAGCACCUGGCGAGGAGUUUAGGGGGCCACGGCCACGGUAUGAUCUCCAACCUCAACGGCAUGCACCAUCACCCGCACAGUCACCUGCACUCCCAGGCGAAUGGCGCGGUGAUGCUUGGGGACCGGGAGAUGCACGGCCACGGAGCCGGGCAGGGAGUAUCAGGAUCCGGCAUGCAGGGGGAGGAAAUUAACACGAAGGAAGUGGCUCAGCGGAUAACGGCCGAGUUAAAGCGAUACUCCAUCCCGCAGGCCAUAUUCGCGCAGAGGAUCUUGAGCCGGUCGCAGGGAACCCUCUCAGACCUGCUGAGGAACCCCAAACCCUGGGGCAAGCUCAAGUCAGGCCGGGAGACCUUCAGGAGGAUGUGGAAGUGGCUGCAGGAGCCCGAGUUUCAAAGGAUGUCUGCUCUCCGGCUGGCCGCAUGUAAACGUAAGGAGGAGGACCGAGGACGAGAGCGCAACCAGGUGCCAAAGAAGCAGCGACUGGUCUUCACAGACCUGCAGCGUCGCACCUUGGUAGCCAUCUUCAGAGAGAACCGCCGCCCCUCCAAAGAGAUGCAGAUCACCAUCUCACAGCAGCUCGGCCUGGAGCUCACCACCGUCUCCAACUUCUUCAUGAAUGCCCGCCGCCGCUCCACGGACCGCUGGGACUCGGAGGAGCUCGGUCACGGGGUGCACGGCCACGUCCACACUCCUCAUGGAAACAACAACAACAACAACAACAACAACUCCUCACCGAUCCAACCCGGCACCUCCUCUGCGGGGACUUUCUCCAAGGCCUGACGGUGGCGGGACGUGUGGUUGGACAGAUGCAUGGAGGAUGGAGGGGAGGAUGUUUUUAAGCACUGUAAUCCUGCAGAGCUACAGGGUGUGUAGCUUCAGACCACUCAUCUGAUUCAUCUGCUCACAGUGCUGAUGACUUGUGCCGAUGAAUCAGAACCUUUCUAAGUGUUUUCUUUUUAAUCAGAAUGUUACUCUGAGGGGUUAACAUGCAUUUUUUUCAAUUGUGGCUCUACAAACCAAAGAUCCAGUAGCUUUAAAAGACUCAACCACAUGUGGCUCUCCGUAAACUCUCCACUUCAACACCAAAGAUAAUCCAUCUACACUAAAACCACCGUGUGGUAGCCUAUAGCUAAAGCCUGAUUUAGAAAACUCUGCUGAUUGUCAAGAUGUAAACAUACCAAAGAAUCACUCAUGACAGAUAGCUUUAAGAGAGGGAACAUUGAGCAGACACACGUUGAUCUUUACAAAUCAGGCAGCAAUCAGACAGAGGUGUCUGCUGGGCCGUGAUGAACCACUCCUCAUUUCAGUAGCAGACACUGAGGCUGAUAGAGAGGUGCGUUUGUGUGUCAAGUGUCUGUGAAAUGCUCUCGACAGGUCCUUUGACCCGCUAACCAAGCACCACCUCUGCAUCACUGCAGGCGUGCGUGUGCAUGUGCGUAAUGUUCACAUGCUUGGUCGCUGCUGGGGUCUAAUUCCUCUGCAGCGAUUCAACCUGCUGCACCUCAGUGUAACAGUGCCCCCUGCUGUCCAUUCAACCCAUAUCUGAACAUCCAGCAACAGAGUAGCCUGCAGCGUAUAUUUCUCUUAGGAUAAAGACAAGCAGAAGUGUAGUCCUGCAAUCACCCAACAAACUGAGACAAAAUGAUUACCCACAAACCCUUUGAUACACAUUUGAAUGUUUGUUUCUUAAGACUCGUAAGGCGACUUGCUGUGUGGCCACGUGAGAGGUUAUUUUCAGGUUACAAAAGGAGAACAAUCAAACAGGGACGAUACUCCCAGCGUUUAACAAAAUUCUUAUGCCCAAAGGUAGGGAGUGAGGGGGUGGUCUGCUCUGUUCUAGUGGCCAAACGCAGAGGUCAAAUGUCACAAUAUAGGAUUCUGAGUGCCAAUGAUGUUUGCCUCUUUAUGAUAAUCAGAGAACAGGUGCAGGCCGCCCGUGUCAGGCCUGUGUUGUUACAACCGUCAAACUGCGAGCACCACUCGGGCACGCUGCCUAUUCCAUACCUCAGAAACACAUUGAUGUGAUCGACAUGAAACACAAUGAAAAUGAAUGUAAAUAGUAUUUAAUUUCAUCUCUCUUUCUCUCUCUGUCUCUCUAUCUAUUCUCUAUUUAUCUACUCUCUUGCUACUCCCCCUGUUGUGUCUUUUAUUUCUCCUUUCCUUAACUAUUGAUGCGGGUAAUAAUAGUACCAUAGUCACAUGGUUUCUCUCUUGUGACUACUGUGCUAUGUUGUGCUGAAUAUGUAAAGAAGCACCUUGUUGACAAAAUGAAAAAAACUUAAAGAUGAAAAAAAAGAAGAAUCAACAGACUGAUCCUAUGCACAGGCGGAGAAGGAUUACCACAAAUGACAAACUGUGCAUAUUUGUGAAUGUAUGUGAUGGAAGGACCUGAUCUCUGAAGCCCUUUGACUGUCACUGCAUUCCUCUGCUGAUGGAUGUUUUUUGGUUACCAUGAGAACCACCACAUUACUUUGUGUCUUUUUUUAUUUUAUCUUUGUGGGCAAAGCCACUUGUUGUGUAGCAUCUUCUAGCGGGAGAUAAUCAUAUUAGAGAGGAGGCGCAGACAGGAGGAGGAAGGGUGACGCAGGAACAUCAGAGGCCCGCCAUCUUCGGACUGGAAGGAAGCAUUUUACUGACUUUCUUCCACAGUUUGGGUUCUGCCGUGCACUAUAACAGAUUCCCUGGUGGAGGUGUCACUUUAAAGACGUCCUCUAGAGUCCAGAGGGAAAAACUGUAGCUUUCAGUGCAGAUAUUAGAAGCUCAGACCCAGAGCGUUAGUGAUGGAAACAAUUGUGUGUGUGGCUACCUCACAGAAUAGAGUGGACUGUGACACAGCCAUCGAUACCAAAGAUACUUCUAGCCUGCCGUGUUCAAACUGGACCUGGGACGUGCACACACACACACACACACACACACACACACACACACACACACACACCACACACACACACACACACACACACACACACACACACACACACACACACACACACCACACACACACACACACACACACACACACACACACACACACACACAGAGAAAUGCUUCUUAUUGCACAUACAUCCACAGAGCAGUCGUGCUGCAUGGCGAACACAUUGAGGUGUUUGUUAUGUGGGAAGUGUUGAGUGCCUUUUCCUUCAACAAAGGGAUGGACUGCUCUGCACACACCCACACAUGAACACACACAGUGUUCCAAGUGAAGGGGGGCACACACUGGGUGAAGGGGGAGCACCACAGGAGGAGGUCCUCAUUACAUCAAACAAGCAACUUUGAUUUGAGUUUAAAACGCACUUUUUUUAACCCAAUGAGGGGAUACGAUUGUUUACCGCCACCCUUUUGUUUUUAAAUGUUGUUAACAUGCUUGUGAGACAAUGUCCUCUCACAUCUUCAGGAUACACACACCCACACACACUCCCACCAGAGAUAUUUUUGUGUAAUUUGUAACCGAGUGUAGGUGUGUGUGUGUAUCUGAAUGUUUACAAAGAUCCCGCUCUCUCAUUGGCUCACAUCUAAAACUUAAACCUUUGUAACAACCUACCCAUGAUCAAUAAGUGCAGAAGUGAUGAGACCUUUCAGCUCCAAAAAGAUACUAGAUGCCCCCCGCCGGUGACCCCCGCCCAUCCAGACCCUCUUCGCUGGUCCCUCCGUCCAGUAGCAUCACAUCGAGGCAGGCAUGUGUAGACAAUUCAUCUUGAUAUACCUCAAAUCUUUAUUGUAAAGGUUAAUGUAGUGAAACAAUAAUGACAAUGUUUAGCAAUGAGAGUGACAUUAAGGUCACAGCAAAAUGAUUGUUCGUUUUUUUUUAUUUCUUUAAAGGAAUGUGUGGAGUAAGCCGUCUUAUGCUUUCACAACUUCUGAUUAACAUUAAAUUAUUGUUUGUAAGUUUGCACGUUGUCCUUUUUGGAGUAAAGAGAAAGAAUAAAAGGAGGAUUUGGAAUAAUUAAACAAGCAGGAAAGGACCAUAUAUGAUGAUGUAUGGGAGGACUUAAUCAGUGACAAAAGAUUGAGUACAAUUUAGGAAGCAUAUUGUUAAAUUGAAGGGUAAAAUGACUCAUCAAGGACGCACUAAUUCCUGUUUUGCAUCAGUUUUUGGCUUAUUUUGUGUUUGAAGAUUGUCUUCUUUGUGUGUUAAAGUGAUUCCCAUAUUAAAAAAAGAGAACCAACCGAAGCACCUCUGUCAUUAGGGUUGGGACAAUUCUUUUAUGCAUGGAUACUAUAUAGGUGUAUAUAAACUGCAGGAUAAACUGUACCUCUACAGGUGGAGGAGAGGGGGAGAAACAAGGAAAAACAACUGGGUUUUGGUUUACAAAUACAUUCUUUUUUUAGCCCUGUGUUGUAUGUGCUGUUUGUGUAUUUGUAUAAAAUGUGUGUAUUUGUACGUGUUUCAGCUUCAUCGCUGUGUGUCUUUCCUCCUGUUGUAUGUAACCCUUUCCUUUGUGUGGACGUAGUCUCCACACGUUCAUGUCUGUAUUUACCCUUUGUCUCAUCACACAGGUGUGAUUUUCUCUUGUUUUGUUCCUGUAUUUCAGCUCGUCCUGUUUGAAUCUGAAUUCGACCGGCCUGGUGUUUGUAUAGGAGCCGGCUGAAUCACAAACAGACAGCCUGGCAGCUGAAAUACGGGUUAAUUCCAGUGCAUCAAAAUGGCGUCAUUUCGUUAUUUUUUGACAGAGCUCAGAGCUCUGUAAGCCCAGUGUCGAUGUUCUCUCCCUCUUCCCUUACCAACCAAUCAAUCAGAACCAAGUGUCUUUGUGAUGGUAGAAGACAAUCAAUUUCAAAUAGAGCAGAGACAAAAAAAAAAGGAGGGCAAGGGAAAGAGAGCGAUGGAUGAGGGCAGAGAAAAUGACUGGACAGGAGAGAUGGGAGGAGGAAGGAUGGCUCAGAGAAAUCAGUGUGUGUGUGGUCACCUUUAACCUCUGCAGUGACCUUUAUGGUGGGGGCUGAGGCACCCUGGACCCUCCCCAGGCCACGAUGAAGGUGGUGGUGGAGGGGGUCUGACUUGUUAAGUGGACACCUAAUCGAAGAUGUUGAUCAAAUGCAUACACACACACACACACACACACACACUUUUCUUCUGAUCCUUAUCUCCCAAUACCAAAGGGACUCUGUUCGUCACGUUGAUCUGCCUUCAGCCUGCGGGGGAAGAGUCGAGUAAUAAAUGAAACAAAUAAUACACUAAGUGAAAACCAGUAUGGUUAAAUUGUGUGUUUUGACUAAAAUGAAUAAAGAAACAAGCAAUUGGCUGACUGAC